CUAAUUGUGCAUAGAUACAUGAGUUUCUUUGUCUUGAACUCUUCCAUACCUACUUACCAAAAUACGUACAGAUUUGUAGAAAUUUGCUAGCUAGCCUUUUGAUUUUAGGUGCCCAAGAUGAAGGCCGCAAGCCCACAUGUAGAUUCAAAUGAGAGUGACGUGCAGGAAAUGAACCCGGAAAGCACACCACCCAUGGGUUCAAUAGAGGAUAUAAAUCCUAUCAGGCAGCAGGAAUCGGAAACAAAACCCUCGGCGAGUUCAUAUGUUUCUCAAUCAUCAUUCCAUCAGAAACUCCCAUGUGGAGAUCUAGUUGGAAAUAGAGAGCAGUACAUCAGAAUUUGCGCUCCUCUCUAUAAUGCAGCAAGCAUUGGUGAUUGGGAAGCUGCCCAAGUCAUUUUUGGGAAACAUAAAGAUCUAAUUCUGGUCGAGUAUGCUAUCACUGAAAAUUAUGAAACUGCACUUCACAUUGCAGCAUCUGCAAAAAACAGCAAGUCGGUGGAUAAGUUUGUACAAAAUCUAGUGACUAUGAUGACAGAGAAACAGUUAGAACUUACGAAUAAAAAUGACAACACUGCACUGUGUUUAGCAGCAGCAGCUGGAAAUGUCAAAAUUGUUAGGACUUUGUUGGAGAAGAAUCCGGCCCUGGUGGAUAUCCCUGGUAGUAAUGGAAUGAUGCCACUCUACAUGGCUUCUUUAUUUGGACGAAGUAAGAUGGUUAAUUAUCUGUAUGAUAAAUCUGGGCAGAUGUCUGGAAAUAGAUGGAAGGAUCAGAAUCGCAGUUGGGUUCUCCAGAAAUGUGUGGAAGCUGAUCACUUUGACGUUGCGAUAAAAAUAGUGACAUACUGGCCACAACUUGCUACAAGUGGGAUUGUACUCAGAGUUUUGGCUCGGAAGACGGAUGCAUUUAAAGGAACAAAACCUCAUUUUAUCCGGAGAAUCUUAUAUCCAAUUUUGGCACUCAUUCACGUGAAGAUUGGGUCUUCUGAUCAAAAGCCAACAGACGCCAUGAAAUUACUAAGAAUCAUGUGGGCAGAGAUUAUGAAAUUACCGGAUCGUGAAAUUAGUUCCAUCAUGAGAGGGCCAGCUGACUAUCCAUCCACUAGUGGAAAGGAUAAGGAAGAUGUCCAGCAGCUGAUAGCGAAGCUGCCAGAUAGACUUUAUAAACUACUAAGAGAAGAGGAAUCUUACCAAAAAGGAAAAAAACUACCAAGAGGGCUUGACAAUAAAGAGCUAAAAGAUCAACCGAUGAAGUUCUCUUCCCGCAUACUAUUUGUUGCUGCGGAGAUGGGGAACACUGAAUUUCUGAUUGAGCUGAUUCGCCAAUAUCCAGACUUAAUAUGGAAGAUGAAUGAUAAUCGCCAAACUAUAUUUCAUGUUGCUGUAAUACACCGUCAUGAGGGCAUCUACAAUCUUUUGCAUGAGAUUGGGUCAAUGAAGGAUAUGAUAACACCUAUGAAGGACGAUGAAGGGAAUACUAUGUUGCAUUUAGUUGGCAAGUGUCCAAAGAAUAAUCACAACCAAAAUGACUCUGGAGUCGGUCUACAAAUGCAACGUGAAUUGUUGUGGUUCAAGGAAGUAGAAGCUCUGCUCCCUCCUUCAUACAGAGAAAGGAAGAACAACAAUGGUCAAACACCACAUGAAUUGUUCAUGGAGGAGCACAAAGAACUACUCUCUGCAAAUGAAAAGUGGAUGAAAGACACAGCAAAUCAGUGCUUGGUGGUUGGAGCCCUCAUAGCUUCCAUUGCUUUUGCAGCAGCUUUUGGAGUUCCAGGUGGAUAUGAUCAGAACACUGGUAUUCCCAUGUUCGUUCAUAAUCAAUCUUUCAUAGCCUUUGCCAUAUCAGAUGCCAUCUCUUUGACAUUCUCUUCCAUUUCGAUCCUCAUAUUCUUAUCUAUUUACUUAUCUCGCUACGCUGAACUUGAUUUUAUGGAAGUAUUACCCCAAAAACUCAUGACAGGUCUAGUUACACUUUUUUUCUCAAUCGCAGCGAUGCUGGUUGGUUUUAGUGUCAGUUUCUUCGUUGUUUUUCAGGACAAGUUAAUUUGGGUACCAAUCAUUAUCGCCCUUUGGAUUUCCAUACCAGUCAUCUUAUAUGUCAGGCUUCAGUAUAAUCUUUUAUGGGAUGCUUUUUACUCAAUAUAUGGUUUUAAACUUAUCUUCAAGCCAAAAAACCCUAGGCUUUUCUAUCGAAGUCCAAGCUUCUGAUCACUUGUACGUUGUUUUGAAGGAAAAUGUUUCAUUUGAAGAUGUGGAAGCUAUAAUGCUUUCUAUCAAUUUGGAAGAAGUUGAUGUGUGGAUGUUUAUGUACUUUUUGAAUCCAGAUGUAUUUUGUAUGCAAGUAAUUAAGCACCUAUUACUUUUGUUGUCAUGAA